AUGGCAUCAAAAACUUCCAAACCACUUGCUUCACAUCCUACUUAUGAAGAGAUGAUUAAGGAAGCGAUUGUGGGGCUGAAAGAGAGAACAGGUUCAAGCCAAUACGCGAUUGCGAAGUUCAUCGAAGAGAAACACAAACAACUUCCUCCAACUUUCAAGAAGCUAUUGCUUCAGAAUUUGAAGAAGAGUGUUGCUUCUGGAAAGCUUGUUAAGGUUAAAGGCUCCUUCAAGCUUUCUCCGGCGACGAAACCAACACCGGUGGCUAAAAAGCCCGCAGUCGCAAAGCCGAAGACAAAGCCGGCUUCUAAGGUGACAGCGGCGAAGGCCAAGCCAGCCGCGAAGCCGAAGGUUGCUGCAAAGGCCAAAGCUGUAACCGCCAAGCCGAAAGCUACUGUUGCGAAACCCAAAGCUGUUGUUAAGGCUAAGGCUAAGACUGCGAGGACUUCGACGAGAACGACCCCGGGGAAGAAGGUUGCUAUUGCGAAGGCGGUUGUGAAGAAAGCUGUGGCGGCGAAGAAAGCUCCGGUGAAGAGCGUGAAAGCGAAAAGUGUGAAGACUCCGGUGAAGAAAGUUACGACGAAGAGAGGGGGAAGAAAAUAG